CUUAUCUGCACUAUUUCAGUCACAUUUUCUCUUCCUUUUUAACAUAAAGCUUUGCAGACUCUUAUGGAAAUAGUAUCAAUAUCUUCCAUUUCCUUUUCAAGUUGCUUAUGAUUUCAAAAACCCACCUUUAUACACAAAACUCAAAAACCAAAACAGAAAAGGAGAUUACUCAUAACUCAAAACUGUGUGUGUGUGAUUUUUCCAAAACUCAAAAAGAAGAAAAAAAAUGUUUUCUCAAUCAUGCACGGACCUUAGAAAUCUCAUAUCUGUUGAAGACUUAUGGUACAUGAAUCGGGUCCCGACGGUAAUUCGGGUUCCGGGUUUAAUAUCCGAAUUGGGAACAACAUCAACAACCACAACAACGACGACAACGACGACGACGACGACGGCGACAACAACCUCGGACCAAAUCGAAAACAACAACAACAACAACAGGGUUUCUCGGAAGAGGAUCAUCAUCGUAUCAAACCAGUUACCAAUACGCGGAACGCGCGUGGAAGGCACGAACCAAUGGUGUUUCGAGUACGACUUUAACGGUGGCUUGGCGUUAGAGCUGAGAGACGUUUUGAGCGCUGACGUGGAUGUCGUUUACGUCGGUUGCCUGAAGGUCGAGAUCGACGAGGAUGUUCAGGAUGACGUGGCGGCACAACUGUGGGAAAAGUUUCGAUGCGUGCCGGUGUUCUUGCCGAACGAGAUUCGAGACAAGUAUUAUCAUGGGUUUUGUAAGCAUUACCUAUGGCCUUUGUUUCAUUACAUGUUGCCUAUGAUGUCGGUCCACGGACCUCGAUUCGAUCGAGAGCAGUGGACAGCUUAUACCAUCUCGAACAAGCUGUUUGCUAAUCGAGUGACAGAGAUUUUCAAUCCUGAAGACGAUUACGUUUGGAUCAAUGACUAUCAUCUUAUGUUGUUGCCUACUUUUUUGAGAAAGAAGUUUUAUAGAGUGAAGCUUGGUUUUUUCUUGCACAGUCCGUUUCCUUCGUCAGAGAUAUAUCGAACUUUGCCGGUACGUGAAGAGAUUCUUCAUGGUCUUUUAAAUUGUGAUUUAAUUGGGUUUCAUACGUUUGAUUAUGCUAGACAUUUUUUGACAUGUUGCAGUAGAAUGAUGGGUAUUGAUUAUCAGUCUAAAAGGGGUUACAUUGGGUUAGAUUAUCAUGGUAGAACUAUUACUGUUAAGAUAUUACCUGUUGGGGUUCAUAUGGGUCAUCUUCAACGGGAUUUGUCUCAUGAUGAGACGGCUAAGAAGGUUAAGGAACUUAAGGAGAGAUUUAAUGGGAAAAUUGUGAUGUUGGGUUUGGAUGAUAUGGACAUGUUUAAGGGAAUCGGUUUUAAGAUUAAGGCAAUGAAACAGCUUCUAUAUGGGCAAAAUGUUUUGAAGGGGAAGGCAGUUCUUAUUCAGAUUCUAAACCCGGCAAGGAGUCGGGGUCAGGAUAUUCAGGAUGUUGAGUCUGAGAUAGCUGAUCUUGCUAAAGAGACUAAUGAGAUGUUUGGAGAACCCGGGUAUGAGCCGGUUGUGAUAAUCAAUGGCCCACUUAGCUCACAAGAGAAGGCUGCAUACUAUGCCAUUGCUGAUUGUUGUGUGGUGACUCCUGUGAGGGAUGGUAUGAAUUUGGUGCCUUAUAAGUAUACUGUGUGCAGGCAGGGCAGCCCUAUGCUGGAUGAGGCAUUGGGGAUUGACAAGGCUACGCAGCCUAAAAAGAGCAUGAUUGUUGUUUCUGAGUUCAUUGGGUGCUCGCCUUCUCUUAGUGGGGCGAUUCGUGUCAAUCCAUGGAAUAUUGAUGACCUUUGCUCUGGCAUGUAUCACGGAAUCACGGCCAAGGAUACAGAGAAGGAAUUGCGCCAUGAGAAGCACUAUAAGUACAUUAGCACUCAUGAUGUUUCCUAUUGGGCCAAGAGUUUUGAUCAUGACCUUGUGAGAGCUUGUAAAUUGCAUGAUGACAUGAGGUUUUGGUCCAUGGGGAUGGGCCUUAGAUUCAGGGUUGUGGCUCUGAGUAAAAAUUUUAAGAAACUUAGUAUGGAUCAUGCCGUAUGGACUUAUAGCGGAAUGAAUAACCGAUUGAUCCUUUUGGACUAUGAUGGCACUGUGAUUCCAGAAAAUUCUGCGGACAAGACUCCUAGUAGCAAAGUUAUUUCUGUCUUGAAUUCUUUAUGUAGUGAUCCCAAAAACAUUGUUUUCAUCGUGAGUGGCAGAGGAAGAGAUAAUCUUAGCAAGUGGUUUUCUCCAUGUGAGAAAUUGGGUAUUUCAGCAGAACAUGGUUACUUUACUAGGUGGACUAAGGAUUCUUCUUGGGAGACUUGCAACUUAACAAUGAGCUUUGAUUGGAAAAGUAUGGUAUUACCUGUGAUGGAGCACUAUACAGAGGAAACUGACGGGUCUUUCAUAGAGCAGAAAGAGAGUGCAUUGGUGUGGCACCAUGAACAUGCUGAUGUUCUAUUUGGCUCAUUCCAGGCUAAGGAUCUUCUCCACCACCUUGAGAAUGUACUUUCUAAUGAGCCUGUAGUUGUUAAAAGAGGGCGCGGUAUAGUUGAAGUGAAACCACAGGGCAUUAGCAAAGGGACAGCUGUGGAAAACAUUAUCUCAACCAUGAUAAGUCAGGGGAAGGAGCCAGAUUUUGUGCUGUGCAUAGGGGAUGACUACUCAGAUGAAGUUAUGUUUGAAACCAUUGCAGCUAAGGUUCCCAACCAGUUGCCGGCCGCAGCAAAAGUCUUUCCCUGCAGUGUUGGUAUGAAACCAAGCAAGGCAAAAUACUUUCUUGAUGAUACUGAUGAAGUCAUCAAGUUGCUUCAAGGCCUUACCAAUCCAGGAAGGUUAGGUGAUCUCAAGAAAUUGUUGACAUGACGGAGGAAUGACUGAUUUGGUAAGGGGAAAAUUACAUGUAUGUAUUCAGUUUGCGUCAGAACCCAGAAAAAAGUGGGCCUUCGGUUUAGAAUCAUGUUCUUCUGGGAUCUUACCACUCUUGGAGGGUCAGAUUUUAAUUUAGAACUAAUGAUACAGCAAACCUUGUAUAGAAAACAGUUACCUCUGACAGGCCCAUUUGAAAAGGCAAUACAUAGGAAUUUACUGAAUAGCUUGUUCAUGUUAGAAUAUUAGAAUUUGCAAAUUGGAUUAUUCAUGUUAAAGAUUUUCAAACUAGCUUA